UCUAGGGAACACAGAUUGAAUGUUCCAGAUAAUCCCUUUCCCAGUCCUGCCUGACAUCUGGUCUGGGGGGUGUUUUUUACCUGGACUUCUUGGGAACCGGCUGGAGUUCAGGAGAGAACUCUACCUACCUGGCCGCAGGAUGAAGCUGGCCACUGGCUUCUUGAUUUUGUGGCUCAGCCUGGGCAGUGGCCUGGCUCAGAGUGGCACCAGCCCGGAGGCUGAGGAGUCCUACUCCGACUGGGGCCUUCGGCACAUCCGAGGCAGCUUUGAAUCCAUCAACGGCUACUUUGACUCUUUUCUGGAGCUUCUGGGAGGGAAGAACGGAAUCUGCCAGUACAGGUGCCGAUACGGAAAGGCACCAAUGCCCAGACCCGGCUACAAGCCUCAGGAGCCCAAUGGCUGCAGCUCCUAUUUCCUGGGUCUCAAGGUACCGGAAAGUAUGGACUUGGGCAUUCCAGCAAUGACCAAGUGCUGCAACCAGCUGGAUGUCUGUUAUGACACUUGUGGUGCCAACAAGUAUCGCUGUGACGCGAAAUUCCGAUGGUGUCUCCACUCAAUCUGCUCUGACCUUAAGCGGAGUCUGGGCUUUGUCUCCAACGUGGAAGUAGCCUGUGAUUCUCUGGCUGACACUGUGUUCAAUACUGUAUGGACCUUGGGCUGCCGACCCUUUAUGAACAGUCAGCGAGCAGCUUGCAUCUGUGCAGAAGAGGAGAAAGAAGAAUUAUGAGGAAAAGGUGAUUCCUUCCUGGUUUUGAGUGACAGCACAGCUGUCAGUCUCAGAGAUGGCAGUGUGACGGGUGUCUCAUCUUUUCUUCCAUCAGUUUGGAUACCACAAAGCAGGUGAAAGGGAACACCGUUCUACAGCUGGAAAGGGAGUCCUAUCCUUGGAGGAAAAUUGAAGAAAGACACAGAGUGAUUUGAAGGCUACCCUUCACUUUAACACUGGUCUCUCCAACCAAGACACGUUUGCCUGGAAAUUCAGUUCUUAGCUUAAAGACUAAAAUACAAGCAAACCCUGCAAUUCCUGGACCUGACAAUUAUAUUCAUAAGUGACAUUUUGGGGAAUCCAACCAUUUGGGAGGAAUGACUUUCCUCUGGCCCAUGUUUCAGUUGCCAGCCAGUAAGCAUCUCACAUUUAAUAAAGUGUACUUUUUAGAA